AUGCCGGGGGCGCCCGAGCAGGCGGAGACCCAGGAGGAAGAACAAGAGAGAGGAGAGGGACGGACUCCGCCUCCUAGCGGCCGCCGGCGUCCCCUGCCCCCCCCUCCCGUAGCCUCCGCCGAGCAGGGGGCGGAGUCUAGCGGCAGUCGGGUGCUCCGUGGAGGUCGGGAGCGCGGACGAGCCGCAGCCGCGGCAGCGGCCGCCUCCCGCCGAAGAAAGGCCGAAUAUCCACGUCGGCGCCGCAACAGUCCCGGCGCUCGGCAGACCCAAGAGCCGGAGGAGUCGCCGCCUGCCCCCGGGGUUGAAGCUGGAGCGCCUCCGUCAGCCACUGGGACUGCCGGUAGGAAGGGCACGCCACGCAGCUCGUGCUUGAAUAAAGCAACAGUGAAAGGUCCCAAAGAAGAAACAGAGGAGAAGGAAAUUGGUGCCUCAGUCACUACAACUAAACCCAGCCGGAGUUGGCGUAGCAACAGGGCUACUACUACCGUUCAGCAAUGCGAUGCAGAGAAUUCCCGGAGUUCCAGAUCAAAGACUGGGUCCCUGCAACUCAUUUGCAAAUCAGAACCAAAUACAGACCGGCUAGAAUUUGAAGAAACAGAGGAGAAGGAAGUUUCCACUACUGCGGCAGCUGAUGCCUCAGUCACUACAACUAAACCCAGCCGGAGUUGGCGUAGCAACAGGGCUACUACUACCGUUCAGCAAUGCGAUGCAGAGAAUUCCCGGAGUUCCAGAUCAAAGACUGGGUCCCUGCAACUCAUUUGCAAAUCAGAACCAAAUACAGACCGGCUAGAAUUUGAAGUUACUGAAGAGCCUUCAUCUCCAACUAGAAUCAGUGAUGAAGAAGAAAUGCUCAUCAGUGAAGAAGAGGCUCCCUUCAAAGACGAUCCCAGGGAUGAAACUUACAAACCCCAUUUAGAGAGAGAUGCUCCAAAGCAAAGGAAAAAAACUGGGAAGGGAAAAGAAGAAAAAGAGAAACAGAAAGAGAUUAAAGUGGAGGUGGAACUUAAAGAAGAAAGUGAGUUUCGAGAAGAUGAGGAUCCGCCUAGGAAGAGAGGAAGGCGGAGAAAAGAUGACAAAAGUCCACGACUUCCUAAAAGAAGGAAGAAGCCUCCAAUACAAUAUGUACGUUGUGAAAUGGAAGGAUGUGGCACAGUUCUUGCACACCCUCGCUACCUACAGCAUCAUAUCAAAUAUCAACAUCUGCUGAAAAAGAAAUAUGUAUGCCCUCAUCCCUCUUGUGGGAGACUUUUCCGGCUCCAGAAACAACUGUUGCGGCAUGCCAAACAUCACACAGAUCAAAGGGAUUACAUUUGUGAAUACUGUGCCCGUGCUUUCAAAAGUUCCCACAACCUGGCAGUUCACCGAAUGAUCCACACAGGGGAGAAGCCAUUGCAAUGUGAGAUCUGCGGAUUCACCUGCCGGCAGAAGGCCUCAUUAAACUGGCACAUGAAAAAACACGAUGCAGAUACCUUUUACCAGUUUUCAUGCAAUAUAUGUGGAAAGAAGUUUGAGAAAAAAGACAGCGUUGUAGCACAUAAAGCCAAGAGUCACCCAGAAGUGCUUAUUGCUGAAGCACUGGCAGCCAACGCAGGGGCUCUCAUUACCAGCACUGACAUCUUGGGUUCUGAUCCAGAGUCUAUUGUCCAACCCACUGAUGGCCAGGGCCUUCCCCUUCUUCCAGAUCCCAUUGGAAACACCACUCCUGGAGAGUGCCUAUUGCUGAACUCUGAUGGGAUGCCUAAGGCAUACUGCAGUGGGGGUAACCGGGUCAACCUGAUGGCUGAUGGAAAAAUAUUUGUUGGCAGUGCUAGUGGUGAGAAUACAGAAGGGCUGGUCAUCAGUACAGAGAUUCUUGGAGCUACCACUGAAGUCCUAAUUGAGGAUUCUGAUUCUACAGGACCUUAGUGGGAGAGGAGCACAUGUGUAUCGGGACAACUUGAACUUGUAUUUAAAAGAAUAAAUGGGGAGAAGCAACUUAUUCAACAUAGAGAAACUAAACAU